AUGAAGCAUCGGCUUCAGGAAGACCAGAAGGCCGUAGCAGUGGGGGCUUUGUGUCGGCCAGGCAAUACGCAGCGCCGUCAGUCCAAGAAACCUCAGCGAUUACCAAAGCUAUCUUCAAAGUCGGAGCCAAUGCUCAACACACGCCCAAUUUCGUUCGACACGGAGAGAGACCACGUCAUGUCGGAUCUUCACCUUCCAUCGCCUACGCGCUCGGUCAUCGAUCGCCACGUGCAGGUUACUAAGCACAGCACUCAACAGGCUCAAGAAUCGCUCCCACCAGUAGCUGGGGCCUUUAAAAAGCGUGGGGCGCCUUCUUCAAAGUUUCCUCAGGCAUAUGCACGUAACGAGCUGCCUAUUAUGAUCGAAGGUGGUAAGGGCGGCGGGAAGUCCGGCUUGCGCUGGAUGGCACCGAUGGAAGACUUGGAUUUUGGUAAAUAUUUCCCGCUUUUUGUAGAUGGCAUGCGCGAGAAAGCUUUUCCGUUCAGCUUUUUGGCUCGUGAAGGAGCUUUCCAGUUGGCCGCCUUUGCACAACGACAUCCGAACAAACUUGUCGACUGUCUGCACCGUGUGAUCCCAGUACUCCGCACAAACUUGGAGACUCGUGACGACAGAGCACUGCGAGAUGCGCUUCUAUUGCUGCAGCAGAUCACACAGACAGCAGGCGUGGGUCCACUACUGGUACCGUACUACCGGCAAAUGCUGCCGAUACUAAACCUGUUCAAGAGCAAACGACGAAAUCUCGGAGAUGAGAUCGACUUUCGACAACAACGCCUACAAGAUCUCGGUGAGGUGAUCAUGGAAACCCUCGAGAUGCUGGAACGGACUGGAGGGGAGGACGCGUUUAUCAACAUCAAGUACAUGGUUCCAACCUACGAAAGUGCGAUAAAUUGA